AUGCACAAAAUUAACGCAUGUUUUCCAGUUAUAAAAAAUUUGUUUUUAUUCAUUCUCCUUUAUUAUUUUUUUUCGUUUUUUGUUUUGUUUUCUUUUUUUUGUUUUAAGAUGAGGAAAAUAUUUUAUUCUUUGUUGGUUCUUAUGUACAUAUAUCUCUAUCUAUAUUCGCCCGUUUAUAUGUUAUAUUUGAAAGAACUGGAGGUAGGUAAUUAUUACAUAUGUAAUUUAAAAGAUUUUCCAAAAGAAUUUUGCACAGUUGAUUAUGAUGAUAAAAAAAUAAUAAAAUUCCUUUGUCCAAACUACAACACUAGGAACAAGCAGACAUAUAAUUCGAGUUACUGUUUUAAGUACUUGGGGAUAAAAGACAGACUUAUUAUUGAUAAUAAACAAGAACAAAUUUAUGACACCUUGCCUGGAAUUAUAUUAGAAAAUUACAAUAUAUUCGAAAGGUACAACUUGGGUAUAUAUGCACCACCUAUCAUAAAAGAAGAUGUAACAAUUGUAUGCAUUUGCGAUAGUUCAAAGGAGAAUAAAGGGAUAACACCUUAUCUUAAAAUAAACAUUAAAAAAUCAAAUAGUAGUAAUAAUAAUAAUAGUAAUUCGAAUGAAAAUUUUAUUAAGGGAUGUGAUUUUGGCAAUAAUAGAGGGAAACAUCAAUUCCUAUCAAAACCAAUUUCGAAGGAUGAAUCAUUCCUUUGUGAAAUGGAUGUUUACCCAGAAGACAUUAUUGGGAUUAACUGUAAUAAUUAUACAAUUAAAGAAAGUAAAUACGGGCAGUUAGAUCCCCUUAACUGUUUUGCUACUGUAUCAUUUUCUAUGUACACAUUAAAUUAUAUAAGGAUGAGUAUAAACAAUCUACUACCUGAGGCUAAGUAUUAUCCUGAACUUUCAUCUUUUCCCCGAGACAAGAAUUUUCUAAAGUUUUCCACAACUUCUUAUUUAUGGGUUCCUAAAAAUAUAUCUCGCGAUUUUCUGUUUACCUGUUCUUGUGUUUAUUCCAAUUGGAAAGGAGUUGCCAUGUUUUACGUUCGAACGGCAAAGGACAUGUGA